GCUCUGAAUCAGCGCUCAGCGUCCACGUCCAAUACAAAGCGAUGUGUUAGCGAUACAUCUUGGUCCGAACGUUCCCCAUUCCUUUUAUUUGGAACUUUUCUUCAACGUUCCCUGUAGACACUAUGGAGUCACCACCUGAUGCACUUGCUUGGGAUAGCCCCGACUCAGGCUCAGCUGCUUUACGUGCUGCAAAAGAUAUUGCGUUCGGAAGUAUCGCAGGCAUGAUAUCCAAGGUUUUUGAACACCCUUUCGACCUCACCAAAGUGCGCCUGCAGUCGCAAGUCUUGGACUCAACCGCACGCUUCAGUGGACCCGUUGAUUGCCUUGUAAAAACAUGGAAAAAUGAAGGGCUACGAGGACUAUAUAGAGGACUCCCAGCACCCAUUGUUGGUGCAAUGGCAGAAAAUGCAUCCUUAUUCGUGUCAUAUAGUGAAAUGCAAAACAUCAUACGAUUGGUUAACGCUCAACCACUGUCACAAGACCUGUCACUACUCCAACUUGGUUUGGCUGGAGCAGGUGCAGGUGCCAUUACAAGCUUUUUUCUCACUCCCAUAGAACUUGUUAAAUGUAAAAUGCAAGUGCAAAUGUUGAUACCCACUACAGCAGCAACGACGAUAUCAUCAUCUCAUACCGGAUCAGGGGCAACGGCUAGCCUAAGCUCCCCAUCAAUACCUAGAAAUUUACCCGGUCCAAUAUCCGUGUUCAUGAACGUUUUCAGGACGACGGGGUUCCGUGGCCUUUGGCUAGGCCAAACUGCCACUUUCAUCCGUGAAACUGGAGGGGGCGCAGCAUGGUUCGCCUCCAAGGAGUACGUCGCUACUCAGCUAAUGAAGCGACGAGCAAAAGCAUCUGGGACAUCAUCAUCCAAGAUCAAUAGGAAAGACAUUACUCCCAUGGAGUCUGCUAUAUCGGGCGCUUGUGCAGGUGCUGCAUAUAAUUUCGCGUUGUUCCCUGCGGACUCGGUGAAGAGUGCCAUGCAGACGGAAGAGGAACUGCGACCCCGGGCAAAGGGCGCUCCUGGGGCAACCUUCUUUGGGACCUUCAAGGAGAUGUACAGAGCACAGGGAUUGAGAGGGCUCUAUGCUGGUGCUGGUGUUACUGUCGCAAGAUCAAUACCUAGUAGUGCCAUAAUUUUCUUGAUCUACGAUGGACUCAGCACGAGAUUUAGUUAAAAGAAAUAUACUAUUGAAGUUCAUAGAAUGGGAACACCAUUCGUAUCAUUAGCUCUGGAUAUUAUAGCCAUAUGCAUACAGUACUCUAGAUGUUUUUCAUGGAGUUUUAACUGGCUUUAAAGCCAUCAUCAU